CAACACCACCGGAUACGCCAGUCCGAUUCCGCGCACCGGGCGACACGUGAUUCCGCAAUUAUUGACAUUAAAUAAUGUAUGUUUUUUUGGAAAUUUGGGGGCGCCCGAGAUUUUUUUUAUAAAAAAAAAUUUUUUUUAUUGACGAGACAUAAUUUUUUUCGUCUUAGUUGAUUUUUUUUUUUAAAUUAAUUUUCCGGAAUUUUUACUCGUUCGCUAAGCCAACCCCCCCAAACUGAAUAAAAAAAAAACGAUAAAAUAUAAAUCGGUUAGGUACAAUAAUACCCGCGUGAAGAAAAAAGAAAAUUGUCGAUUUUUAUUGUUUUUUUUUUUUAAUUAAUUUUUAUAAUUUUUUUUUUUUGUGCGCGUGUGAAUUUUUUUUGCGAAAUUUUUAGUUUUUUUUUUAAAUUGUUAGUUUUAAGCGAUAUUUAAUAUUAUAAAAUAUAUUAUAUUGUUUAUUAUUUGUAUGAUUUUUUUUUUUAGUUUUGUAAAACGAACGAUUUAAAAUAAAACAAAAAUUAUUAAAUUACAUUUUUAAUCGAGUGGACGCAUUUUUUAAUUAUAAUUUUUUUACGUGUACGUGAUUGUGUUUCCUCCCCUUAAAUGUAUAAUAAAUCGUGUUUAAAUUAUUUUUAUAAUUAUUAUUUAUUUCAACAUAACUGUUAAUAUAUUAUUAUCACUCCGGUAUUUUCUGGAAACCAUUCCGCAACAAUCCAUACAAGGAUCACCAGCAGCGACAUGGAUCGCAGCCGAAUAAUUCUGGUUGCCACCGCCGUAUUUUGGCUGCUGAUGCCGAUCGAGUUGUUCGCCAAUCAACUAAGAGGUUAUGCCGAAAGCUGUGUCAACGAAGGAGAGAUCGUUAACGUGCUCACCAUUAAGAAUAUGAUGUGUUACACUUGCAUGUGUAAAAAUGGCUUCGUGGAAUGUGAAAAAGACCAAUGCCCGGACGAACAGGGCUGCUAUAUGCUACAAGACGUCUUCGUCGAUACCAAAGGGUGCUGCCGCCGAUGCAAAGGUUGUAUGUACAAAGGCGUUCUGCGGGAUAGCGGCACAGAGUGGACGGAUCCAGACGACCCUUGCAUGUUGAUGUCGUGUAAGGCGGGUGUAGUCACCGAGACCAGAAUGCAAUGCAUCACACCGUGUGCUCAACCACAUCCUCCGAAACCGGGCACUUGUUGCCCUACUUGUCCAGGUUGCCAGGUUAUCGGACAAGAAGUGGCUGCUUGGAGGAACGUCAGCCUAUACGACGACCCGUGUCUGACCUGUCACUGCGAGCGAUCCGCGGCCGGCCAAGCACUCACCUGUUCGAAAAAGGCAUGCCCCGUGCUCCAAUGUCCGUCCAACAGCAUGCAGAUAUUGCCCGGCGAAUGCUGUCCCAGAUGCGUGGGAAAGAGUAGAAAAUUGAUGGAUCCACCGAGAGGAGCGUGCUUGCUGGGCGAUAAGAUCACUCCGUCCGGUCAAGAAACGCACCCGGAUCGUUGUACACAGUGUAUGUGCACCAACUCAACGGUUGUCUGCAAGCGCGAGACUUGUCCGCCUUUGGAUUGUCCGGUGGAAAAGCAAGAGUUUUCUUCGCACAACAAAUGCUGCCCGCAGUGUCCCGACACUUUGGACAAGAGCGACACGUGCAAAGACAACGGCAAAAUUUAUUUGAACGGCGAUAAUUGGAAGGUGGACGAAUGUAAAUCGUGUUCGUGCGUUCGAGGACUUGUGCAAUGUGCCCAAGAAAUGUGCCCUCCGGUCGCCUCGUCCUGCCCGGCCAACAUGAAGCUUCGUACAGUCCCAGGUUCAUGUUGUCCUCGAUGUGUGCCCAUGGACGGCGUUUGUACGGUGUUUGGCGAUCCACAUUACAGGACGUACGAUGGAAAAUUUUUCAGCUUCCAAGGACCGUGCAAAUAUUUGUUGAGCGCCGAUUGCGUCGGGAGAACGUUUAGCAUUCGCGUGACAAACGAUGCGAGAAAUACAAAGAACUCGGCAUGGACAAAAACUAUCUCACUGAGGACCGGAGGUUUAAAAGUCAAUCUCGGCGAAAACAAACGGAUCAAGAUCAACGGACAAAGAGUGAGCGUGCCGUACAAGAGGAGCAACGAACUUACGAUAUCGAAUAUGAACGACACCGUGUUGGUAGAAACGCGAAUAGGGGUUUCGAUUAUUUGGGACGGUCGAGGGUUUCUCGAAGUUUCCGUACCAUCCAGAUAUAAAGGUAGUUUAUGCGGAUUGUGCGGUAACUUCAACUCGGUGCCCAGAGACGACAUGACCACCAAAGACGGUCAAGUGGUGUUGGACUCUCAAGUGUUCGGGUCGUCUUGGCGCGUCGGCGGUAAGAACGCGUGCAGCCGAACGUUGAAACCCGCCGUGACGUCGCAGACGUCCCCGUGUUCCAGGAAAGGUCCUAGGGUCCGGGAACGGAUGUGCAAGCCUCUCCGGCAACGCAUGUUCGCCGCGUGUCACAAAAAGCUGAAUCCGGUUAACUUUUUCAAGUCCUGUCUGACGGACAUGUGCGAAUGUCCUACCGGUAGGAAGUGUUAUUGUGAGGCGAUGACGGCGUACGCGCACAACUGUCGUCGCCUAGGAGUGUCACUGCCCGACUGGAGGACCAUGACCGGAUGCCACACAUACUGACCCAAGUCAUCACGUUCGCCCAGUGUAGAGUCCGCUUGUUUGUUAUUGCUAGUCAUUGUUUUUGUACAUCUCCAACUCAGCGGUCACCGCCGCCUAUUUGCCUGACCGGUCGAUUGAUAUGAUGUAAUACACGAUCAACAAUUAUUUUAUUAUUUUGUAACAUACACCCGUUAUUUGCCAUCACGAGCCGAUGGCCAACGAAGACGACCUAACGAAUAUCGUAGCAGUAUUUUAAGUGUCACGCAGCUGGAUUUUUGUUUUAAAACAAAACCGAAAAAUAUGAUCAUAACCGUUUAUAUGUAUAAAAAAACGGACCACUCCGGCCCGGCCACCUUCCCCCGUUUGAUUGAGCGCUCGACCCUCGAGCCCAGGAUGUCUAUUUUAUUUAUUAUCGUUUAUUGUAUUUGAUUAUUAUUAUUUUUUUUAAUAUUAUUACUAUUACUUGAUCAAACGGAUCGGCCGGAGACGCGUUAGGCCUACCCAAUUCUCAUUCGCCUUGCGCAUGGAAGCGUUUUUCCUCAUGGCAAUAAUUUGAUUAUGAUGUGCGAUUUGAAACAAUUACCGAGUAAUUCCGCAGCUUACCUACGCUGUUUUGACUUAAUUAAUUUAUUAAUUUAUUUUUAAAAAAAAUAUUAUUUUUAUCUGUGUGUAUGUGUGUGCGAGUACUUUUGACUCGAAAUUCUACACCCACACACACACACACACUUGUGACGUAUGUUUUCCUCUCGUUUGGGUGUAGUGUCGCGAGUGUCAUGGACACUGGUGUACACCCUCUCUCGAGAGUCAGAAAGAAUAACGUUCUUUCUAUGCGUUUUACCUGCAACCGUUGUUAAGUCGUCUAGCAGCAGCUAGCUUAAGUCGGGCGACGAAAAAAUAAAAAAAUACCAACCUUUUGUUUUUUUAUUAUUUACUUACUUUUAUUUGUCCGAGACAAAAGUAAUACCCAUAUAAUAAUAUAUAGAGCCUAUUUAUAAUACAUUAUUAUUAUAUAUUAUAUACAAUAUACUGUAAACUAUCGUUUUAGAGGAAUUAAUUAUUUAUUUGAUAGAAAAUAACUAAAGUAUUUUUUAACUAUUUAAGUAAAAUAUUAUUAUAAUAAUGUAAAGAAAAAAAAUGUUUGUGAAAUUUAUGUUCCUACCUUUUGUGUUUGUCAUUAAUUUAUUAUGAUUUUUUUUUUAAACACAUGUCAUUUAUAUGUAAUAUAAAUAUUAAAAAAAAAUCAAUUGUAUAUGAAAUAAUUGUAUACGCUGUUGUAUUAUUUUACCUUACGCUGCCGUUACGUGGCGACGAGCGAGCACGUACAUUUUAUUAUUUCAACAAAUUUUAACAAAAUAUAACAGUAU